AUGUCAUUGUGUCCGCAUCAGUACACCCGGUCCAGGCUUAGCGGGCUGUUGUCGACGCAAUGCAGCAGCCCCGGCCGCUGGCACCGGAGUUUGUGCAUACCCUGUCCAGGAAACGCAGCUAAUGUGUCGACCUCCACUCCGUUCAACCACGAUUCUGCCGCGAAAGAAGACCACCUUGCAAAUGCGACAAUAAAGCUCGACUCGAUUGCCAACGGCGAUUCGCCCGAGAAUGAAAUCUCCACGGGAGACCGACAAUCGAGGUUGAGCGACGACCCUAGCCAUCAAGAUGAGACUCUUACGCGCAAUUCCAACAGCGCUUCUCGCCAGACGAAUUCACGCCCUCGAAGGAAUUUCGCCCAGUCAAUAAGCAAAACAUUUGUCCGCAAGAGAUUGAACGCACAUGGUAACCCUCACAAGCUCACCCAUCAUAUCACUCGCCGGCUUAAUGCCGAACUUCGGACCAACAAGAGAUACCUCAACGAGAGAUCGCUGGGUCUUGCAAUUGCCAUUCGGGGAGAUAACCUUUACUCACGAGAGCUGGGUCUCCGACAAUGGAGGAUUGCGUACAAAGAAGUUUAUGUGUCCAAGCGUUAUGGGCGAGAGAUUACGAAUAAGAGCUUGAUACCAGCGUUAAAGGAAGAUGGCACUGAGCUCUUGGAAAAGGCUCGCUCCGACUGCCGCGGCAGCUUUCGAGAGACAUGGCAUGCCCUGGACCGGCCCACGAAAGCCAGACACUGGCAGCGUUUGGCUUUCUGGAUGAUGCAACACGACCCCAAGGCUUUGCCAGACUUUUUGCUUGUCACAACGGAAGGCAAUGACAAGCCACAAUUUACCAUUACUUUUGACUGCAUUCGGUUCCUGGAAAAUUUCUACUAUGCAGACUGGUUGCAGGAUUGGCGAAGUGGCACUCACACCUACCAGUCGCUAGUUGAAUCUUGUCUUCCACCACGAGACUGGCCUAUCGUUACCUUGGCGCAAAAGGGUGUUCGGCUGUACGUCCGGCGAGCGGGUCAUCAAGCGGUCGUGUCAGCUUUUCGCAUUGUAAGGGAGAGAACGAAUCAGAUGUGCGGAGAAACGGCACUAUGCUUCAUGUGGCGGUUUACGGAACUGGGAGAGAUAGAGCUCGCUCUGAAAGCUCUCGAACUCACUCUACAGCUAAAAGAUUUGAAAAAAGAUUCGAAAGGAGUGAUGCGUCAUUGCUGCAAGCUUUUGACAUUGGACACUGUCAAAGAUGACAAAACCGGGCGCAACUUUCACAUUCUCCCACGGCUGCUGAAGCUGGGCAUCCAGCCAGACCGCGACAUGAUGAAUGUGGUCCUCGCCAACGCAUUCAAAACUGGCGACCCGCGGAUCGGUAAUGACAUGCUGCAAUACAUGAAAGACCAAGAACACAUCUUCGACUCAUACACCUAUCUCACCCUCCUCCAAGAUGCUAUUGCGCGCGGGGACAGGGGCCAAGCCGACUCCUUGAUCCACGAAGUCGAGACGCAGGAAGACCUUCGCAAAAAUCCCUUUCUUGCUAGCAAGAUCUUCCAUUCACACUACACCUUUUCCGUCAAGCAUAUGGAUGCCGACGCCGACCCCUCAAGGGUCUUCUACAGCAUGCUUGACAUGUAUAAUCAACUCUACGACAUCAGGCCUCUCAAGGAGCUCACCAUUGUCCCUCCACACUACACACCCCGCGAAGGUUCUAAAAUCCCACCUGGCCCGGUUGUUCUCUUCCUCAUGAUUGCCACCUUUUUCCGUUGUCAGAGAGGCCUACCAAGCGUUCAACGCAUCUACAGCCGAUUCCGCGAGUUUGCGCAGCAGGGACAUCCCCUCAUUGCCCCUCUGGCAGCAACCGACCACGUCUAUAACGAAUUCCUCAUUGCCCUGCGUGGAGAUGCCCGUGGAUUGAGGUCAUGUGUGCAUCUCGUGGAAGAUAUGCUGAAGCCUUCCAGCUCAGAGGUGAAUGGUCAGAAGAUCGACCACGCCAAACCAUCCAUGCGUACUUGGUGUAUCCUUCUCAGUGCCUUCCUUUGGAACGGACACCAGCAGGCGGCUACCAAGAUUCGCCAAAUGAUGGACAAGCAUAAAGUGAAGUACAAUGGGGCGACCUGGAACGUCAUCAUCAAUGGCUACGCCAAUCAGCAGGAUAUCCCGCAGACAGCCAAGGCCAUCAAGAAGAUGGAAGAAGACGGUUUCGCCAUCGACCCUUACACAAUGAAAAGUCUACGCUACCUGCGUGACCCCGAGCGCCUCUGGGUAGCUAUCGAUGAGCUGGACCAGACCAUCCCAGAAGCGACGCCUGCGCAGCCGACACAACAGCCCGAGUCUACUCCGAAGGUGGUCGGCAGUAGUGACGAGCAGCAGCAAGAAAGGCUACUUGAUGAGGGUCUGGGGAAGUUGGGGACCAAGAUGAAACCCAAACUGUGA